UAGACGUGUCCUCGUGGCGGGAGCAUUGUUGCCGCGAUCCGGGGCGGCUCGCGCCUCCGCACACGUGCUGCUGCUGGCGGAACACUGUGCGCGCGGCCCGGGGAGCGGGAGGCUGAGGCUGAGCGGGGCGCCGCCUCUGCAAACGCUGCUGAGCACAACAGUCCUUCCCUGGCGUUUGAAUUCCCCUCUCUCGUUUUUCCUCUCUCGGUUGCACAGUUUAAAGUUGCGUUCCGAACCCACCCACUCACCCAGCUGCGAACAUUACAUCACUGACACAGCUCAAGAGACCCGGAUUGACACCAAGGCAGAACUUUAGGCAAAUUGCACGGCUCAAGUUUUAGUAGAACAUGUCUGACCCGUCUACUAGCCCAGAGGAUCGGCCCAAGGGCGCAGAGUGAUGCAAAGAGCGGAGAGCAGCGCAGUUGCCAGCUGACGGAAGUGGGUGUUGCUAGCAAGGUUCUAAUUCCUCUGUUGCCCCCGAAAGUGAUGUUGAGCAACCACUUGGAUCACUACUGUUGGCACAUUGAAGAUCACAGUAAUUGAUUAAAUAAAAGGAUUUUGAACGGUUAUCCCGCAUACCUAUUGAAUAUUGAAAGAUGCCUCCUCCUCCCCCACCUCCCCCUCCUCCAACGCUUUCACAGGCAAAUACUGAAAAACCUAUCCUAAACAAAAGUGAGCAGUCAGGAAGAGAUGCACUUUUGUCAGAUAUAUGCAAGACAAGAAAACUGAAGAAGGCUGUUACCAAUGAUAGGAGUGCACCAAUACUUAAUGCUCCUAAAGGACCUGGUGGUGGAGGCGGUGGCGGUGGUGGUGGUGGUGGAGGCGGAGGCGGAGGAGGAGGUGGAGGUGGACCUGCUGGUUUAAGUGGAUUAUUUGCUGGUGGAAUGCCAAAGCUUAGGUCUGCAGGAGCCAGAGAAAGUUCAGAUUCUGGAGGAGGAAGACCACCAUUAAUGCCUCCUGGUGGAAGAACAACUGGUCCCAGACCCUUUGCACCAAACAAUGCCUCACCGAGGUUGCCUGGGUCGUCGUCAUUUCCAAGAAGUAGUAACCCUGAACCACCAAGAAAUAAAUUCCCUCCACCAAGUCAACCAAAAUUUUCAAGGCCAGAUAUAGGUUCAAAGUCUGAUGCAGGACCACCACCUGUACCAAAUGCACCACGACCGUCAACAACAAGUACGCAGAACAGAGGUCCUCCACCCUUUCCAGGAAAUCGGCCAUCAAACACAGGACCUUCCCUACCAAAUCGAAAUCAAGGGUCUUCCCGUCAAUUCUCUCCGGUUCCUCCACAUAGCAAUACAAAUAGAUCUCAUCCAUCUCCCAGCCAUGGAAGGGUUGGUGAAGAUAAGCCUUCUCCAUCAACUCCUCCAACUCACAAUACAAACAGACCUCCACUGCCUCCUACUCCUGCUAGGAUGAUGGAUGAUAGGCCUCCACCACCUCCCAUGACAAAUAGACCUUCAAUUAAUAGGGAUGGUCCUCCAGUACCACCACCACAGCAUCAGAAACCACCUGUUCCUCAAACACCCAGGCCAACUCCCUCCUUCCAAGCACCUCCCCCACCACCACCUAAUAGGCCAGGACCUCCACACAGUCAUCCAAGCACUGCUACAGAUGUUGAAGUUCCAAGGCUUCCUCAAAGGAAUUUGUCCCUCCAUGGUACUUCUUCAACUUCUCCUGGGCCAGUUCGUGGUCCUCUUCCUCCCAGUGAAAGACCUCCACCACCUGUAAGGGAUCCCCCCAGCAGAUCAGGACCUCUUCCUCCUCCACCACCGGGAGGCAGAAAUGGUGGUGCCCAGAAAGGGCCACCCGUCCCACAACCUCCAAGUCGAAUGGGCUCAGACAACCCUAGGAGUGGCUUCAGGCCCCCACUGCCACCUGACCGAGGAAGUCCUGUUCCCCCACCAACAAUGAGGAAUGGUUUUCAGGAGUCCUCACAGACAAUGUGUGAAGAUGAAUGGGAAGGUAGGUUUUCUUUCCAUUCCAUCUCAGACUUUCCACCACCAGAACCGUACGUAAACUUCCCAAAAACUUACCCUAGUAAACAAAGCAAGCCAGAGAGCAGAGAUCCGGUCCGGAGAGAGCGAGGUGCUCCACCUCUUCCACCAAUUCCACCUACACCAAGGUGAAACAGACUGGCUGUUGAAAGCUCUUGGAAAGCCAUCCUGUCCUCGUGAGACUACCAUGCACGCUUUAACUGCAGACACUGAAUUUAUCAGCUUCAAUCAUUUCCAGCUGUGGAAAUGUUGGCUCGCUGGCAUUUUGUUUGUGAUGCUUAUGGCAUCUAGAAAUUUAAAAACUAUAUGCAUUUUGACUGCUUCAAUGUAAAACAUGCUAAUUUGUUUACAUUAUUAUGGACCAGAAUAAAUGUAUUUUGCAAGAA